AUGUCAUGACACCGCAUCUACCCUCACUUCUGAUGUGGCGUUUUUCUCACACCCUGGCCAGUAGCCAGAGCGGACCCAGAUGGCCGGUCUCCUGGGUGUCGUGGCGGCCCUGUGGGGAGUCCUGUGCCUCGCCCGGGUGCCCCUGGCGGUGGGCGGUGACGUGUACCUGGACAGAGCAGUUGCACUGAUGGCGAAGGUGCCGCUUAUAGACGGACACAACGACUUGCCGUGGCGCCUCAGGGAUGUGUACAAGAAUGAGAUCUACGACAAAGUGAACCUGAACAACAUCGCCACCACUCACACCAGCAUGAGCCGCCUGCGUGCUGGGCGUGUCGGUGGGCAGUUCUGGGCCGUGUACACGCCGUGUGACACGGCCGGACGGGACGCCGUCCGCUACUCCCUGGAGCAGAUCGACGUCGUCCACAGGAUGGUGAAGGAGUACGCGGACACGCUCACCUUCGUCACCUCCUCCACCGAGCUGCGGCAGGCGUUCUCCAGCAGGAAGGUGGCGAGCCUCAUCGGCCUGGAGGGGGCCCAUGGAGUCGACAGCAGCCUAGCCGUGCUACGGAUGUUCUACUCGCUGGGCGUGCGCUACAUGACGCUCACGCACAACUGCAACACGCCCUGGUCCGAGUCGUGGCGGGUGGAUGGGGGGCAUGAAGAACCGACACCUUUCGACGGCCUCACCAAUUUUGGAAAGGAAGUGGUGCUGGAGAUGAACCGGCUGGGCAUGCUGGUGGACCUGUCGCACACGUCUCGCGCCACGGCCAUACGGGCGCUCGCUGUCACCGCGGCGCCCGUCAUCUUCAGCCACUCCAACGCCCACGCGGUGUGCGGGCACGGGCGCAACGUGGACGACGAAGUCCUCCGGAAGCUGAAAAUCAACGGUGGGAUCAUCAUGGUCAACUUUUACCCCAACUUCGUCUCGUGCAAGGACAACGCCACGCUCUCCGAAGUGGUUGGCCACAUGCAGCACAUCAAAAACCACAUCGGAGUGGAUCACAUCGGCAUUGGGAGUGAUUUUGACGGCUACGAUGGGGGCACGGAGGGGCUGGAGGACGUCUCCAAGUACCCGCACCUCAUCGCUGAGCUGCUCCGGAGAGGCUGGACCGACAGCGACGUCUCCAAGGUGCUGGGGGAGAACAUACUGCGCGUGUUGGCCAAGGCCGAGGAGGUGCGGGAUCUCUUAAAUAUGUCAAGGCCGGGCGAAACCAACAUUCCGCAGGGCGAGGUGCGAAACGACUGUCGCACAGACCACGGCGUCGCUGAGCAGGAGGAGGAGGCGUUAGACGGACGAGGAAACAUCGCGAGUGGCGACGUCGUCUGGACCGCGGUCUUCGUUCUGCUGCUGCUGUUACUCCAGUGAAGGGGGGUGGCGGAGUGGAGCAGCUAGACCCUUUUCCAAAUAAAUAUAUUAAGAGUGAUAUUUCCUAUUUUGAAUGUAAUAGUUAUUUUUGGUCUGGAUUUAGCGCAUUAAAAAAACGCAGUAACGGAUGCCUGUGAACUCAUUCCUUGAGACAACAAAUGCCAAAGAAGCACCCGCUGCUGCCUCGCUCUCCCACAAAGAGACAUUUGGAGGUUCAUUAUCCACAAGCUUUCGCUUGGAAAAGUUGUAAAAUUUGAUUGACCACCACCUCAUAGGAAUAUUUGCAAACAUCAUGGUAGAAAACGUUAACUUGAUAGAAUGUAUUGUUAUAUGAUGAUGUAGCUCAGGUAAAAAGGUUUAACAUCACUAUUGUUGUUACAUGACAAUACAGAAAUAGGAGGUUUGAAUGCGAAUAGUUGCAUGUUGUAUUACCAUCCACCUAUCUAUACAUACGUGCCAUGAGUUCUGGGUUAGGCAUAUUCACUUGAUAAGGAAGUAUGGGAGUUUUAUAUUGAAGUAUUGAACCAAAUGAUCAUUCAGAAGAUAUACAUAAUACUAAUUAUGUAAAUUCUCCACGACCAGAAUAAUAAGUAUUCCAAGGGUAUAACUAGAGCCUGCCCAGCCGCCUUUGUCUUCCCAGGGGCUGUCAUUGCAUGCUGCAGCAGGAAUUAAUUAUAAGUAUGAGUCGACUUAGAGGGGGGAAGGUCGUUUCACAAUGAGCAAGGCUACAGACACACCACACUCAGGGGCAAUUAAGAACAUCUGCGUCCACAAGCCUUGAGAUGACCUGAACUUUUACCGAUUAUGAUUUUAGUGUAAGAAUGUCCCGUCUCAGGAUUCAGAUCUCGACGAAAAAAAAUCUCAGGUCCCCAGCAGGGAGGGGGGCGGGUGGCGAGGUGAAGUGGUCAGCACACCGCGUGGUGUUCACUCGGCCGCGCGCCCGUCAGGCUCCAUCCACAGCUGGCGUGGCUGUCGAGUCGGCGGCACGCUGCUCACGCUGGCUAAGGCGCCCGUGUCGGCAGGGGUCGAUGGGUCAGGCCCAGCCUGCAGCGGUGUGCAAGGGGGCCACGUUGUCCCGAAAUUCGUGCAUCAUUGUCGCAAUAACAAACUGUAUCCUGCGGUGAGACCUGAAUCCCGAGACCUGACAUAAUUACACACGUAAUUGUUCAAGCGAGAAUCAUAAAUACAGAGCGAGAAUCAAAAUUGUUAAAGCAAGAAUCAUUGAUGUUUCACGAUUGGUGAUACCCCUAAACGAGACAGCCAAUACUAAACACACACAAAAUCACAUACACACAAUCACAUACAUACGAUUCAUUCCAUUUUAACAGACAUUCUUAAUGACACUUAACACACAUUUUUAGUUAAUUAUACUUAAUUACAUACAUGAACAUAUUUUACUAAUUUCUAAAAAAUUUAAUUUUAUAUUUUCAUUUUACAUUUUAAAUUUAGAAACAACAGCCCCUGAGUAGAGGAGCACGCGAUGUCGUGGUGAACGUUCACUCCUCUCGCCAUCGUCCAGGCACGGCAGUCCGUGGCUCCGAGUUUAGGAAGUUAACAAAUCCCGCUUCAGGCGUACUUGGGGAUUCUAGUGGACACCCGUGACCACGACUGGACAUUCAUCAUCGGAUUCCUCCAGUAUAAAUUAAGAUUCUGAUUCAUUGAGAUUCGUAUGUUUAAAUCUAAAGAAAAACAUUUACUGACCUUCAAAUAACUUGCCAACAUCGCCCCCCCCCCCACUAUACAGUAAACUCUACCCAUCUGUGAAGCAAUUUUUUUUAGAAAUUAUGAUUCUUGAAAGUUGAUUAUUCUGUUCAACUGGUGAAUGUAAUCGGUCCCCUGCUACCAUGUGUGCUCAUUCAAUUCACACCUUUGCAUCAUCUAGAUUGAAAACUAUUUUACUUAGAACUGCUUUUUAUGUUUAGCUUGUUGUCCUUCCGCUGAACCUCCGAUGAGCACUGUCGGUUAUGGGACGGUGCGAAAGAAGUUCAACAUACAUACGUACUGCCACUGUUAUAACGGGUGAAUAACGCUUGGAAUGGCAUUUUAGAACAUCAAACAUUCUCAAACAUUGUUCAUGUUAUUUACAACCGUUUGUUUCGCCCGCAUG